CGAACUCUACGCAGCGUUCGCGUGAAACACGGUACAGGAACUACUCACCGUGGCAUGCGGCAGUGCCUCCUCCUAUUUAUAUCAUGCACCGUGCGCUAGGUAACGUAGGAUGUUGUGUGCAAUUAAAGCGUGUACAUAUGGCCGUGUUUUUGUAUGGUCGCGGAACUUGUACUGUUCACGAAAUCACCGCAGCCUCCCGGGGAAACAGACAACGCAUCGAUUACCAUGCAGCAGUAGGUGCCUGGAGCCGAGUAGAUCUGAUAUAAAGCACAAGAAGCGCGAAGCAUAUAGCUACAUAUACUAACGGCCGUGGACGAGUUAUGUGAUUUUAUAUUUCGGUCAAAAUAGUGAGCCUGCGAGUAUUAUACCGGACGCAUGGAGGAAGACAUCGGUGAAGAUUCCAUACACAACGAGCACAUCCAUCGAGAGGAAAUCACUAGAGAGGUCAUCAGUAGAGAGAUAUCAAUAGAAUUCAUCGGCCGAUGUCAUCAGAGAAGGUCAAUUGCAGAGGUCAUCAGCAGACACGUAAUCAAUAGCGAUGUCAUCCGAAAUACAGCCAGCGAUCAACCGAUCAACAAAGGAGCCAGCAGAUGAUAUACACCCGGAUGGGAAAACUUCACAGCCCCUGACGCCAAACGUCAAAUCUCCACCCGACGGAGGCUGGGGCUGGCUGUGUGCCCUUGGGGGAUUUAUGCUACACUUCGUUGCUGUCGCUCAGCUGAAGGCAUUCGGUGUGCUGCUUCCCGUACUGACUGAAGAGUACGGCACAAGCAACGCUCUGACGGCAUGGGCAAACGGCAUCGCUAACGCAGCGCAACUCAUGUUAACACCGUUGGCGACGGCUCUUUGUCACAGAUACUCCUACAGGACUGUUGCUAUACCCGGUGCAAUCAUCGCUGGAGUAGGAAUGUCACUAUCCUACUUCGCAACGGGACUGCCGUUUCUCUACGUCACUUAUGGGCUGAUGUUUGGACUAGGGUCAUCUUUGGUCGUGAUUCCAUCGAUGUCAUCAACGGCUGAACAUUUUGAUAGGAAGUCGUCAAUAGCGCUGGGCUUUUGUCUCCUGGGAACAGGAGUAGGAACGUUCAUUUGGCCGUUAAUUCUGGAGUACCUUCUCGAAGAAUUCUCUUACCAAGAGGCCUUCCUUAUCUGCGGUGCUAUAACAUUCAACCUGCUCGUAGCUGCAGGUUUAUUUAGGAAUCUAAAUCCAAAAACAUCUCUUGAUUCAAGCGAUGUUGAAAUAAAGAUAAGCGAUGUGGAAAUCAGUAAAGGAGCUGUCACACAAGCGGUGCCUGGUACUGUGACGAAGAAACCACGUAACUCCAUCCUGAACAAACCCAUUCUGGACAAACGCAUCCUCACAGAUACUAGCACCAUACUCUUUUGCGUGAUAGUAUUUUUCGUACAAAUUGCAUAUCAGUCUAUUUUCAUUCUGCUGCCCACACGGGGAGAGGAGAUAGCAGACGGUGAUGGCUUCAGUGCGGCUACACUGGUGGCCAUCAUUGGUCUCUCUGAGACAAUCUUCCGGCUUCCAUUGAGCUCCAUGUGGGACAUCAGCUUCUUGCGCCAACCCAGUCGCAGGCUGGUGGGUAUAACAGUGUUUGUAUUCGUCAUGGGAGUGCUUGUACUGCUAAAUCCCUUCAUGUCGAAUUACAAGCUUCUGGUCAUCAACAGCGCCAUCUUGGGAGUUGCCACCGCCGGAUACAUGGUAACGUCUUUCAUCGUUCUGCUAGACCUGUCUGGUGUAGAUUUGUAUAAGGAUGCACUGGCACUAAGACUCUUUGCUAGUGGCUUAUCAGGUAUCAUUGGACCACUGAUUACAGGUGGGCUGCUUGACAUAACCAAAGACACAGCACUGUCCUUCUACUUCAUGGGCUGCAGCUGCAUGGUGUGUGUUGUCAUCUUGUGCGUGUUACUAUAUCUACGCAAAAUCAAGAGCAAUGAUCAUGCAGUGGUUUUGGUAGAGUGCGAGCAACAUACGCACAGCGGCGUCUAUAAAUUUCACGCUGGCAACUCCGUUCACGAGGACGAUAACUGACACAACGCAGGGUUCAACAUGCGACUGUGAGCCGAAGAUCUUGAGAAUCCAUACUUAUAUAUUCACUUCACCAACAUUUCGGUGUUCAGCUAAGCACCUGUGAUCACCUAGCUUAAUCCGUAUUCAUUUCGCGGGAGCGUAGCCUAUGAACGGAGCGUAGCGUUUGCAGCGUUUGAAUGUCAGUUUACAUGUAUUCCUAUAUCGUCUCUAACACUUGCAUUGUUCUUCUAUACAAUAAAAACUUGGUGUGAAAAGCGUGGUGACCCAUUCUUUGUUAAAUCUCGCAUCUGGUCGUGUGAGCUUUCGCGACGUCUUUUUAAUUAUUCGCGUAAUUUCUAGUCACACUGCAUGUCUCUGGUGACGCGCAUUCUCUUGUAGUAAUUACUCUGGUGACGAAAUCUCUGGUGACGCUCCAUGUGCAACGUUACCUCUAUGACUGUCAACGCCGUGACAACUCUCACAUGCCGGAAUUUAUCUAGUGUAAUAAACCUACACCCUGCAGCAAUGUCGAUCCACCUGUGUAGCUGCCAAAAAAAUUAGUGUGGAGUAAUAGCGACAUAAUUAACUGCCAAGUGGUGUACACGAAUGGAUCACGUAUCCACGCGCUCAAGUUAAAGAAUGUGUUUAUCUGUCUAG